UUCAUCGGGAUUCUUAAUCCAGAUUUACAGUGACAGACCUUUGGACCCUUUGGAUUCACCUUCUGGAGUCUCUAACUUUAAACUUUUUUUUUCCUCCCUUUUGAUUUAAUCUCUAAUGAUCCAUGUGUGAUGGCUAAUGUAUCAUCGGUUGAUGUGGGAGUUUUGUUUCUAGUCGUGGUGACAGCAUUUCUGGCAAUCGGAUCGUCAUCCAGCAAAGAUGUGAGCCAGAGGAGGGAGGUGGAAACGGCCAAGAUGAACGUGCUCGCCGUCCACGACCUGGCCGGUGCGGAUGUUAAAUCUGAGGAGAAGCCCUGCUCGGCAUGUGACCAGCCAGGGCCCAGGAGGCGUGCGAAGAGAUGCACGUGUUACACUUACAAAGACAAGGAGUGUGUCUAUUACUGCCACCUGGACAUCAUCUGGAUCAACACGCCAGAGCACACGGUGCUGUAUGGGAUGUCCAGUUACAAAGGCUCGCAGCGUAUGCGGCGCUCCACCGGGACUGGGCGGGGAAGGAGGGGAGCGGCCCAGCGCUGUGUGUGUGCGCUGCAGACUGACUCUCAGUGCAGCAGCUUCUGCAUGGACAGGCAGAAGAGGCCGCUGUCAACUGAGCCCACAAAAGACUCGUGGACAACACCUCCCCUUGGUGAGCCGGCAGUGAAAUGAACUAUAAGCGUGACGGAUGCUCAUGGUCCGCAAGG